UCUGUUUCAGGAAUGACCGGCAUCUUGAUGUGUGCAGCGGGUUUGCCCGUCUGCCUGACGCGAGCUCCAAAGCCCAUCUUGCACCCCCCGCCUGUCAACAAGAGCGACAUGAAGGCAGUGCCGGGCAUUACCGGCAUUUGCCGUAAAACCAAGAAGAAACAUUUGAAGAAGAGCAGAAAUCCUGAGGAUGUGGUGCGACGUUACAUCCAGAAAGUAAAGAACUCCCCCGAUGAGGACUGUACCAUCUGCAUGGAGAGAUUGGUGUCCUCCUCGGGCUACGAGGGCAUCCUUAGACACAAGGGUGCCAAGCCGGAACUGGUAGGAAAACUGGGGAAAUGCGGGCACAUGUACCACCUCCUCUGUCUCGUUGCCAUGUAUAACAACGGCAAUAAGAUUUUGAAACUCCUCAUUGUGGCUUGGGAACGCCGGCUCAUCUUCACCAUCGGGACCUCGAACACGACGGGUGAAUCGGACACUGUGGUUUGGAACGAGAUCCACCACAAAACCGAAUUUGGUUCCAACCUGACUGGCCACGGCUAUCCUGACCCAAACUAUCUGGACAAUGUCCUGGCUGAACUGACCGCCCAGGGGGUCUUGGAAGCCAACCUGAAGGACUGAGAAGAUGGUGUUUUGGGGGGGCCUCCCUCCACCCAAUGUUUCUCCUGCCUCCAUUGAGUUCUGCGCAGCUGCCUCUCCUCCAUCAUGUCUGUCCGUGUUUUGUGUUCGCCGAUUGGUGAGGCAGCCAUGUUUGGGACGGUUCCUUCCACCUUCCCCCGAGUCGCUUGGACUAGCUUGACUACAAAAACCAUGGAGGUUACAGGGUGUUUUCCUCCACCCCUGGCAGGAUUCACACCAUGGUUCCAGGGCUCCCUCCCCGGAGAAACAAUCUGAAGCUUUGUGAGUGAGCAACCCAUGCAAGCUUUCUGCUCUUCUCUUCCUUUUUCUACAUACGUGUAUAAUUCUUGGCCGUUUCCCACGGGUCCAAAGUUCAGUACAACGGAACCCUCCAUCUCCAACUACUCAAAUCUCUCAGCCAGGUUGUUCCUGCCUCCUUUUGUCUCUGUUCCUCGCUUGUUCUUUGGUUGCCUUUGUGGCUCUGCCCAGAGAAGCAGGAAAGAAGAUCCAAGUUGAUCCCCUAACGCAGGCAGAUAUUGUGGCUUCCCAGCGGGAAGUAGAACGGUGUCAACCGGCUUUGUCGUCUGCCUUGCGUGCAAAUUAAAAGAGCCCCCAUCUCUUUGGCUCUGUCUCCCCUCCCAGCCUCAGAGGCAUCCUCUUCCCUGACCAAAUGCAAAGUUUGCCCUCUAGUUCAGGGGUCCCCAAACCCACCGAUUCUUGGACCAACACCGGUCCGCGGCAUGACAGAAACCGGACCGUGCAAAGAAGCGAAGUCCCGUCCGCGGAAACGUAGGCAGCAUGCAAAACUAUACUGGUCCGUGGAAAAACCCUCUCUCCAUGGAACAGGUCCCUGGUAUCCCAAAGAUUGUGGAGGGGGCCGCGAUGUUUUUCUUAAAAAUAUAUUGCAAGAUUGGCGGGGGGGAGGUUUUUCUAAGUGGAGCUAGAACUGGUGAAGAUUGGAAAUCCCACCAGAUCUUCUCCUUCCCUUGAUCGACCACACAGAUUCCCUUUUUGUUAGUUGUUUCUUUAGCAAACCCAGAACAUAUAUUGCCGGGUAAACUGGAUACUUGAUCCUUUAUACUCCACCCACAACUCUUGCACAGACGGGCCUUUCUGACUGUUGGUCUUACAUCACCUUCUUGCCAUCUCCCUAAACAACAAAAUACACAGUUUUGGACUUGUGCUUCUGGACCACUUGGGUGGUGAUGGAAGAGGGGCGGAUUCCUUUCUCCCUGCAACAUCAUCAAAUGUCUACAUCCCUUUCCCUAUUCUACUUUUUUUGGGUCCGUCGUUGACAGUGGAGCAGUGAUAGAAUAUGACCUGUACGCCCCGAUAUGGGCGUACUGGUGA